GACACGUUUGUGUGGUCGGCGGCGGUGUUGUCAUGGAACAGACGCGGCUGGAUGCGGCCGCCGCCGCCGCCAUCUUGAAACGCCCCUUCGCCACCGGCUGCGGCGUGUGCGACGUUAGCUUAGCUAACAAGCGAGCUAGUCGCGGACAUGGGCAGCUCCAUGGAAUACGCCUUCCCGGCCGGCGAUGAGAGCGACGCCAGCGACGACGAUUGGAGCGUCGAGUGCUGCUCGGAUAAAAAGUCUUCCUACGUCGAGGAUCUGGAUACUGCUGUGCCACAUGCUGAAGAUAAUGUAUCAGUGCUGAAAAAGGCCAUCAGUAGAGGAGACACUGAGACUGUCGAGAAGCUGUUAGACAAUGGCAUGGACGUGGAGACCAGGCUUGGCUUUGAGUGGACUCCUCUCAUGUGUGCUGUCCAUGCGGCUAAUUACGACCUGGCCAAGCUUCUACUGGACAGAGGCGCCAGCGCCAACUUCAGCAAAAACCACUGGACAGUGCUCAUGGUCAGCUGCACAGCAUCUGCCAGCGAAGAUAAAAUUGCUUGCUGCAUAGAGCUGCUGCUGUCCAGAAAUGCUGAUCUCAACAUGGCGGACAGGUCAGGAAUGACCUGUCUGAUGCUGGCAGCCAGGGAUGGCUACCGCAAGGUCAUCAACCUGCUGGUGUCCCACGGUGCAGACAUCAAUGUCCAGGAUGACAAUGGAUACACGGCUUUGUCUAUUGCCGUGCAGUAUGGCAGAGAGGAGUCUGUGCUAAAACUUCUGCUGCUGGGAGCAGACAAAAAUAUCCGGACCAAGGUUGGCAAAAGCCCUGCCGACCUAGCCAUGAUUUUCAAACACCCACAGAUAUCCAGGAUCCUGGCAUCUUCAUCCCGCAUCUCUACUGUGCAGACCUUCAGCUCCAUCGAGGACACCCUGUCCAAGCUCUUCAAGAGCAACUCUGAACCUCCACCUUCCAAAGAAAGUGUAGCCAAGCUUGAUGACCUGGAGCUCCUCCUACACGGUCUCGAUCUUGGCUACCUUGCUGACAUCAUGACGGAAAAUGACGUCACCUGGAGCGGCCUGUUGACCAUGGAGAGGGAGGACCUGGAGAAGAUUGGUAUCACAGACCCGGUGCACCAGCAGAAGUUGCUGAGUGCUGUGCAACAGAUGCUCCUGGACAAAGGGGACCUGGAAACAGUCAACCAGCUGAGAGCUGCAGGCAGUGGGAGUGAGGAGCUGUAUACCUUCCUAAUAAGUGUGCAUCAGCAGUGCUGCUACCUGACUGAGACAAUUCAGGACAUCAUCAACCAUUUUCCCUGCCAGGCUUCUCAGCUGGUCUUCUCCGUGGACCCGAAGAAGGAGGCCCAUGCCAUCUGCAACCAGCUGGUGGUCCAGACCAAAGACCUGCAAAAGGAAGUCACCUGCCUCCGCAGUCUGCUAUGCCAGAUGGAUGAAGCCAGAGAUUGCCAUCAGCUUCCUCAACCCAGUUCCCACAGCAACUGGAGGAUGCGCUACCUCACCAGAGUUGCAGUGAGCACGCUCGGAGCCACCUUUGCCGUGCUCCUCUACAAAGCUGCUCGUAGAUAGGUCUACCUGUAGAUGUACAAAGAUGUCUGCUAAUCAGUGGACACGUGUUCUUCAUUAUAUUUUGUUUGAUGCGUGUAGGUGAUAAAUUUGGUUGCGAUUAUAAAUGGGUUAUGUUUAGGACACUGUUUGACAGGACGGGUCAUUUUUAUUUUUGCUGCAGUUUGUUGUUUCACAGUUCGCUUUGACCCGUCUCUAAGUUUAGUAUUUAGUUAUUUUUUAUGUUAAUCGUAAUUUAAGGGUUUAAGUGGAAAUUAAAGUUUCUUUUGAAUGGUGUAACCCUUA